AUGAGCGACUCUAGACCAGACGGGGUGGAUCAAUGCGAACCGGGAGCAUGUGAAGAGAGUUCACUGAUAACGACUGAUUCGUUCGAAGAAUUUUCCCACGAGAUAAACAGUCUUCCAGCCGUUCAGGAAAAUGCAGGACACCCGCAGCAAUUGGAUAACAACGAUAAGAUUUCCGAGGAUGAUCGGGAAAGUGUAUCGGAUGGUGGCAACAUUCCGCGGGCGCAAGAUGGUGUCAAUACGGCCGACCAUCCGGUUGAUGGUGCGAUGAGUAAAUCUAGUUCUUUCAGCAGUGCGAAAAGCAGAGAAUUCGAUGCUUCGACUACAAGCCUGGCUGAAACGACGGAACAGAGUCGCGAUGGAAAUGGCAUGCUUGGGACAGAACUAGAAUCGGGUGACUAUCUUCACGAUAUCGAAUUCCUGAAUCGUAAGCGGCAUGUGUUCAUAUUGAGCACGGCCGGAAAACCAAUCUAUUCGAUGCAUGGCAACGAAGACAAAUUGGCCACUUUGUUCGGGGUGAUGCAAGCGUUAGUUAGUUUUAUCCAAAGCGGCAACGACACGAUUAAAUCGAUCCACGCUGCCGGUGUAAAGUUUGUGUUUCUGGUCAAGUCUCCCCUUAUAUUGGUGGCGGUCUCGAGAACAUCGCAUAGCGUGCAACAGAUCCAAUUACAGUUGACUGAUGUGUACAAUCAAAUUCUUUCCACGCUUACGCUUAGUCAUAUGAUCAAAACGUUCGAAAGGCGAAAAAACUUCGAUCUGCGUCGGUUACUGGCAGGAAGCGAACGGCUAAUCGACCAUCUGCUGGUUAGUGACAAGUGCGAUCGGAAGCUGGUGUCGAACAAUCCGUUCAGCUUUAUGACACAUUCGGUGCGUAUUUUGCCGUUGCAACCGUCCGUAAGGGAAGCAGUCGUGUCCGCGAUACAGAGCAACUGUGGAAAGAUUAAGAACCUAGUGUUUGCAGUAUUAAUUGCCAACAAUAAGCUGAUAGCGCUCGUGCGCAUGAAGAAGUAUUUCAUCCAUCCGGCCGAUUUACGGCUCAUCUUUAACCUGAUCGAGUGUUCGGAGAGCUUCAAGUCGGCGGAAAGCUGGACCCCAAUAUGUUUGCCAAAGUUUGAUUCUAGCGGGUUCCUGCAUGCACACGUAUCGUACUUGGCUGAGGACUGUCAGGCCUGUUUGCUGUUGCUAUCGAUUGAACGAGAUGUGUUUUACACACUGUCCGAAGCCAAGCGGAAGAUCACCGAGAAAUUACGUCGAAGCAAUUGUCUCGAAGCUAUCAAUGAUGCAAUCAACAACAAAGGAAUCAAGCUGUUAAACAUUGGCAUACCCGAGAUAAGGCAUUUUUUAUACAAAAGCAAGUCGAACGCUCAGCUACUCUGCUCGGAGUUGACGGUGCCGUAUUCUAGCGGAGAGCAGUUUAAACGUUUAGAGGGCAUGUACUUUCAGCUACACCAUCGCAUACACAAUUCUGGUCGGCCCGUAAAGUUGAUCUAUCAGAUGAAGGAAAAGGAAGUGCUGCUAGCUUGGGUGACGCAAGCAUACGAGCUGUUUGUAACAUUUGAACCGACGGUUGAGAAGAACGAAGUGAUAAGCCUCGUGAACAAGCUGCUAAAAUGGAUCAAGAAGGAGGAAAAUAGUCUAUUCAUUCUUUCUGCUCCAACGUUUUAGGAGUCACUAUCUCUGUCGCCGCUGUUGCAAUUCUUUUCAUUCUCACAAACAAGCUGGCCGGCAGAGAUGGCAUCCUGCACGCAGGAGUAAAU